AUGAUCUCAGCACACGAUCCCGUGGACGAGAAGAGUUCGACUCCAUUGACAAACAAAGUUAUCAAAAUCUUGUCAAUGCAUGGUAAUCUCUAUAAGACUUUUGGCGAGAACAUCAUCCUUCUUAUAAAUCGGGAAGGUAGGUGGUAUCGUUUCAGACUUUCGUCGUAUGUGGUAUUAACAAAGACAGCCGAAACAUCGCUUCAGCUUCUCACCCUAAAGCUACUGUACCUCAUAUUCACAACGCCCACGACCUUUGAGUACUUCUACACGAACGAUCUCCAUGUCCUGGUCGAUAUCUUAAUCCGAAAUCUUCUGGACCUGCCCGAAGAGGCUUCUGCUUUACGGCACACUUACCUGCGCGUUCUCUAUCCAUUGCUAGCCCAUACCCAAUUGAAGACCCCGCCACACUACAAGCGUGAAGAACUGAAAAAAAUGCUCAGUGUUCUCGUCCGAGGUCAGCUUUCUAGCAACGAGGUCGACAAGGAGAAAAUCAUGCAUUUCGACGAGGUCGACGAAACGACGAGAAGGCUCGUCAUUCGGUGUGCUGCCGUAGACUGGUUGCAAGAUGAAGAGCUAGACACUCAAGUCCCUAAAGCGCCCGAGGAAGAAACCACUUUAUCUUGUCCUACGAUCCCAGAUGGCUCUCAUCCGGAGGCUGAGAUAGGCACGCCUUUGGAGUCAACGACCUCACGGCCCAUUUCUCCCACGAGCACGGUUGAGAGCUCACCCGUGACUCUGUCUCCGACCAGUAUCGAUGAGUCGCCCAAAAUAGAAGUACUCAACCAAGCCCAACGCUUAGGCAUGCACUUGGAGCCUGCAUCGUCGUCCUCCCUCAGCGUACAAGAAGUAGCCGCCCAGCAUGAAAAACCAGGCGUCCUAACGCCGAGCCGCAACAAGACUCAAACAGCGACAACGGACCGCCCAUCCAGCCCCAAUAAACCAAAAAUCAAACCGCUACCGCCGAAGUCAAGACGCUGGCGUGGACGACGCACUACUGGAGACGAAAACGACAAGAUCCCGGAAGAGCCAGGAAUAGGAACCGGAACGGGAACAAGCGCAAGCCCAAGUCCUAUCACACCCACAGCCCCAUCCAUCCCACAAGGUCCCUCCGACAGAAGGAAUUCAACAAGCACAUCCGGCCUCGUCCCUCCUAUCCCAGCUCACGGCCGUCGCUCCGCCUCAAAUCCACCCCCAGCUGUCCCCCCACCGAGACGGUCUACCCUCCCAGUGGUCCACCCUCAUCAUGUCUCCAGCCAUUGCACCCCAGUUACGAGUCCGUCGCGACUCCAAAUACAACAGAACAGCGACUCCGCCCAAAAGCACGGUCAGAAACCCGAACCACCCAAGACCCGUCGAUCAGGUCGACGCAGACCAUCCCAAACGGAUUCCCCAACCCCAAGUCAAGACGGACACGACGGACACGCCGCGCUCCCUGAAGUUUCGAAUGAAAAACACCACGAUAAUCAGACAGUCAGCGUGGAAGAAGCCGUGCAAAAUGUUUCUCUUAGUUAA